CCUGUCCGGUCUGAUUCUAGUUCUAGUAAGUAACAUUUGUUCUGCUUAAUCUGUGAUUCUAAAUCGUGAUAGAGAGUUUCGAUCAUGGUCGUUUUAUUAACCAUUAAGGAAUGAAUGUUCAUCUUCAGAUAGUAAAAUUCAGGAUCCAUGAUUUGCUGGCUAUUGUUUUGUGCAUCAUUUCUUUGAAUGUGAUAUUGUCAGUGUAUUGUCUCCCAGAUUCGCAAGACAUCAUGAGCACCAGACAAGAUCGGGUAGAAAGAGGUAACGAAGAAGGGCCAGCAAGAAAGAAGAGUCGUAUGGAACAAUCAUCGUCAUCCUACCAGUUCCCAACAACUCUUGAGGACUUCCAGUACCAGUUCAAUGAAAAGGGCCAGCUAAGACACUCUGUCUCAGGGAAGCCAUAUGAGUUUGAAUUCAAGAAAGGUGAUCCAACAUACAACCAGAGGAGGUAUGAGGCCCUUGGUAAAAUCAUCACACAACACAUCUAUAAACUCCUGGAGACAGAGACUAAGUUAGAAAGAAUAUACAUCCCAACAGACCAUCAAGAUAAUGAGCCUAGAAGCUUUGUGUUUGUCAGUAAGAAUGCCUUAACCACCAGAGGCAAGUUGCUGGUUCUAAUCAAUGGAUCCGGUGCUGUCAGAGCAGGCCAAUGGGCUAGAAAGCUGAUCAUCAAUGAUUGCCUUGAUAGUGGCACACAGCUCCCCUAUAUCAAGAAAGCAUUAGAGGAGGGCUAUGAGGUCCUUGUCAUGAAUACCAAUGAAAACAGAGGCCAAGAUUCAAGUAGGAGAAGUGUGCCAAUUAGGAAAAGUUCUAGUCCAUAUGAGCAUGGUGUCUAUGUAUGGGAUAAGUUUAUUGCCAGUCGACCUGUCAGACACGUUGCUAUAGUUGCACACAGCAUGGGUGGCAGCGUCACAGAACAUAUAGCCAGUAAAAGAGAGCAGUCCUUCUUGAAGAAAGUAUUUGCUGUUGCUUUCACCGACUCCGUCCACUCCAUGGCGACACUUGGAAUUUCACAUAACAUCAAGAAAUUUUUUGCAAAGCACACUGUUAACUGGGUUUCUUCUGUGCAGCCACUGGACACACCCAGACCAUCCAAGAGACCUCUGGAUAGCAAACAGGUCUCUGCCGGCACCCAGGUCCAUGCUGAAACUUCCUGGACCAGUUUCAAGUCAGUCUUCAAGUUCCUCAAGAGAAAAGAGACCGAACUGAUGACCAAGGAGCGGGGUCAGACUGGACAUAACCCAGGCAUGAGCAUCGCACAUGAUGAGGACCUGGAUGAUGACGACGAUGACAGUACUCUAGAACUAAGAAAGGAAUCCUCGGAUGACGAUAGUCAGGAUAAAGAGAUCGGUCAGGGGGAUCAACCUAAGGGAAGGUCGGGUGCUGGUAUUGAUAUUUCAUCAUCAGACGAAGACACAGAAGCUAGUUUUGAUUUCCAGCGGUACAGCGAGGAAUUAUGAUGAUAGUUUGGCAGCUUCAUCUGCUGGUAUGAAAACUCUUUAUUCAGUGUGAGCUGUGCGUUGUGGCAUGUGCCGGUCCGACCGACAUGGGCAGAAGUUUUGGAUUGAUGCAGAGGUUUCAGGUUCGAGCCUAGGUCAUUAUGGUGACGUUAAAGGUCGGUCAGAUAAAUACCAAGGGCUUGACAGUCCUGAUCGUGGACAGUCAAGCUGUCCGAGGCAUCGAGAUACCUCAUCACUUCUAUUCUCCACUGCUCAUAUACUCAUCAUGAUCAUCUUCUCAUCUCUGCCAAGACUUUGGGCUGAUCUCAACUCAUCUUCUACUCACCACCACCAGGACUUCUCAUCUCAACUCAUCUACACUUCUACUACAUGUCAUUAGUCUCGUCUGGUUUACAGUCCUUUUAAGGACUAUCGUGAAUGAUAAUAAUGAUAUAGGUAUACUUACCGACUUUAGUUCUGAAAACUGUUCUCCCAACGGGCCCUGCUAUUUAUUUUUACCCUGGCUUGAGCUGGGCUGUCUAGGCACUCAAGCAUUCAAAGAAUUUCUUCCUACCAGGUACCCAUGCACCUCACCUGUGUUGAGUGCAGCCCAAUGUGAAUAAAUUUCUUGCUGAAGGAAAUUACGCCAUGGCUAGGAUUCUAACCCACGACCCUCUGUUUUAAAGUCAGAAGACUAAUCCACUGGGCCACAACGCUGAAAGAUACCUCUCACUCUCAUCUUUCUCUUUAUAUCUCUCACGCUGACAUCUCUAACAGUCCAUUUCAUGAUGAAUCAGGCGCAUAGCUAGGGAACCGAUCACCUACCCCCCCCCCCCUACGUCCCCGAAAAGAAAAAAAGGGGGGAAGAGGAGAAAAAGAUAAAGUGAAGGGGAAAAGGGAAGAAGGGUAGCUUUGAGGGUUUCCUUUUUAUUGAAGGAAUGAGAACCUAAAUGAGACUAUUGUCUCAGUUAUUUCAUACUUUAUUUUACUUUACAAUAAUUUGAAGUAUGAAUUUGACUAAUUUCAUACUUUCUUAUACUGAGUAAUUUCAUACUUUUAAAUUUCAGUAAUUUCAUAUUUUCAAAUUUCAGUAAUUUCAUAUUUUUUUUGCUGUUUUGUGGUCCUUUUGAAAAAAUGGGCCAGUAAACAGCAAUUUUGUCUAUCUAGUUUUCUCCACAGGUACAAAAGUGACAACAAAACAGCAAAGAUGUUAAAUUUUGAACAGCUUUUGUCAUUGUGUCCUCCACCCUAUUUUCCUCCCUUGGCUAUAGGACUGCCAGCAAGUAUAAAAAAGAAACUGCAAUAAGCCAUGGAAUUAAAGAGUGGAAAUAGAUUGAAAUAUAAAAAGAUCAUCUUUUUACUUUAAAAUUGAUAGCACAAAUUCCCCCAUUUCAGAUCGGAGUGGGUAAAACUCUUUAUCAUAUCAGCCGCCAGUCCAAAUAUUAAAGCUAAUGUACAUGUUACAGUACUUUUUAGCUCAUUACUAGACAAGCGUCUUUGGCAAGCAGGUUACUCUCUUAAAAAGAGGCAGAGGAGUUUUACUUCUCUACAUGCAGGCUGAAUAGUGUUUCUGAAAUAAAUAGUUGAUUAUCUUGAUAUGAUACAUUUUCAUUGUCCAUAAUGCCAGGUAUGGAAAUUUUAAGAAUCCAUUUCAGUAUAUCAAUUACAAAUUGGUUAACAAGAAAGUGAAAAUACAGACCUUUAUAAUUUCUAGUGAAUUAACUUCGAUGGAAAGAAGUCUUGUGAAGCAAUCAAUAUGUGCAAUCUUGUUUUUUAACAGUUUGAUCAGUUAGAGCAUUUGAAUUGAUGUUGUGUGUUUGUAACCCAUAGUUAAUACUAAUAUGAUAUUAAACAUUCCCCAUUUUAUGUAAUUUUAAAGGUAGAUUAUGACCUUUAUAAUAUCAAAAUUUGUUAAAGCAUGAUCCUUGGUAUGAGAGGUACCCUCUGCAUACCCUGUUGUGACUCCUAUAUACUAUAUCUGACUUUAUUAUUUUUUUUUUAGAUUUCUUCCGGAAUGUCAUUGCAGAUUGUUUAUGUCAACAGGAACAUGUUGAAAAACAGUGUAUAUGUCAUCUGAACUUGUUUAUUCUGUAUGAAUAUUUUUAAAUAAAUAAAUAAAAUCAAUCAGGUCCUUUACCCCCUCUGAUUUAUAUGAGAAAAUUCCAAAUCGCAAAGAAAAGUCGGAUUCACCCUGGUCGGUUUCCCAAUGAUGCCUGUCGUGUUUGUAUUUGAGUAUAUGCAGCAUUAUACCAUUCCAAAUUGAAAUUCUGUAAUUUUUUAUAGAAAUUUGUUUUUAGAUUUACAUUUGUACAGAUCGUCUUGAAUGAGUGAAUAAAUACAUUUUUAAUGAAAUGUGA